CACAAGGUUGGGGAAAAAAAUAAAACAUUUUGAUAGGGCCCUAAAUGUAAUUUGGUUAAACCUUUAAUACAUUGGUAUUAAAUUGUUAACUUAUUCUGUUGUUCUAAUUAAUUAGACAUAUAAAUAGAUAUUUAAAAAGGCCCAAAACCUAGGGGAAACACUGUCCAUGCUACUGAAACCUGGUGCCUACCGAUCAAAACAACAGUCUAGCGUUCGGAAACCCACUUCCCGUUGUUUACUGGAAAGAUAAAAAAGUGCUAUAUAGUCUGAAGCACGUGCUAGAAGAUAGCUGGAUGCUAAUGGUUUGGUAAUGAUCCAGGUUCCUGACAGACGGUGUGUGACGGCACCGUGUGGAGAUCGCUCUCGAUCCUACAUACAUCCGGAGUCCACAACUAACUUGGGUCACUCAAAACAACUCAAGCCAGAUACUCAUAGUACGGAGCCACGGACAGAGCGGCCAGUCAAAUCCAGCCGGGAAUUCGGCCUCCUCUCGUCCGUCUCUGAGGAACUGCAGGAUCUGGAACCACGAACGCUCCAGAUCGUGGAGGAGGAAGUGACGUCGCUCGAUCCGGGACGGUCAGGAACCGUCCAUCGGUCUGAACUCACGUGUCUGUUCCUCAGACUGCAGCUCCCUCUGAAGCUCACCACGCUGGCCUGUAUGUUCCAGUCUUUCAGUAACACCAGCGACCCGGAGCAGGUACUGGAGAUCACCUAA